GCGGCCAUCUUGGAUAGUAGCGGCGGUGGAGGGGGGCAGCGGACGGACCCGUAUCCCGGCGCUUGCUGUGUCCCGCCUGAAGUUCCUUCUCCCCCCUCCCCGGCGUCUGCAGCCGGACGGAGCUUCCCCGAGGGACCGAGCGGCCGAGGCUCCCGCCUGAGCAGCGAGAGAUGAGCAACAACAGUAAUAAGAGAGCACCAACAACAGCAACACAGAGACUUAAGCAGGACUACCUUCGAAUUAAAAAAGAUCCAGUGCCUUAUAUCUGUGCUGAACCCCUCCCAUCUAAUAUCCUUGAAUGGCACUAUGUUGUACGAGGACCUGAAAUGACUCCAUAUGAAGGUGGCUAUUACCAUGGGAAAUUAAUUUUCCCCAGAGAAUUUCCUUUUAAACCUCCUAGUAUUUAUAUGAUAACUCCUAAUGGAAGAUUUAAAUGCAAUACAAGGUUGUGUCUUUCAAUCACUGAUUUCCACCCUGAUACAUGGAAUCCAGCGUGGUCAGUCUCAACAAUCUUGACAGGCCUCCUUAGUUUUAUGGUGGAAAAGGGCCCUACAUUGGGCAGCAUAGAAACCUCAGAAUUCAAGAAAAGACAGCUUGCUGCACAAAGCUUAGCAUUUAAUUUAAAAGAUAAAGUCUUCUGUGAGCUGUUCCCUGAAGUGGUGGAGGAGAUCAAACAAAAACAGAAAGCACAAGAAGAGCUCAAUAACAGACCUCCAUCCCUUCCGUUACCAGAUGUUGUCCCAGAUGGGGAAGCACACCAUGGUCAAAAUGGGAUACCGCUCCUUAAUGGGCACGUACCACUGGCAGCUGCCAAUCACCCAGGUCUUCAGCAGGCCAAUCGUAACCAUGGACUCUUAGGAGGAGCGUUGGCGAACUUGUUUGUUAUAGUUGGUUUUGCAGCCUUUGCCUACACAGUCAAGUAUGUACUGAGAAGCAUAGCGCAAGAAUGAGGAACAUAACAGAAGUCCAAGACCAAAUUAGUGGUAGUUGCAGAAUGAGUGGGACUCUGGGCAUCAGACUUUGACACUGGGAUAAAUAUUUGUGCUACCAUGAUGCAGGUAAUAUAUUGGUUGGCUCAUGGGUUUAGUUUGGAAAAUGAAGCAGGUGUGAUUUGUUAGGGAAGCAAAAGGUGUUCUGCUCACAGUUCCUUUGUCCUCACUACAGUUUUAAGUGAUUCACUAGCAAGUCAAAGCAUUAUUGAUGUGAAACUGGCAUUUUGAAUGCUUUGAUUUUUAUAGCACUUACCCCUUGUUUUCUGAAAUUAAAAAUAUUUUAAGUAAAUGAGGCUUUUUACCAGAUUGAACAAUUUUUAAAAUAUGACACUUGAAGAUGCAUAUCAUAUGUUCAGCAUACAUUUUCAGCUGAGAAUUUCAUUUGCGAAGAGUCAAUUGUACAAGUUUGGAAUGAGUAAAAUGCAAGUUUCCUCACUGACUUUACUUCUGAAAGGCCUGGUUAAUGUGAAUGUUGGUGUUACAGAAAGAGGCUAGUUCACUUUGUAAUAGAGAAUGAAUGUUAAUAACAAUGAUUAGAUGAGUUGGAAAGUAACACAAUGUGUGUUGGUCUAAAUUGUCACAGUAACAUUUAAGAAGGUUUAGUUUGGCUACAAGAAGUGCAGUUGCCAGCCUUCGAAAACCAUUUGCACGCAAAAAGCAUUUAAAAUGGGUUUAGUGGUGGUGCUCAAAAGCAAUUUUUUUUUGAAAACUUUUUGGUUUUUGUUUGCUUAAUUACAAUUUUCCAUUUUGGAAAUUAGUGUGAUUUAAAAGUGAAACAACUUGUGCUCAAAAAGAAAACAUGUUUGCCACUGUUCUGUUUAAAAUAUCUGCAAAGAACAAUGAAGAAUGUAGUAUAUUUUUCAGAAGAAAGAUCCUUGGAUUCUGGGUUUUUCGCUGAGUGAAAUGACAUUGCCUCUUCAGGGCCUAAUGAGGAAAGAAAAAGAAGACUGAAUACCGAGCCAGCUUUUCAGAAGACUAGUGGAUUCCUCUGAAGUGCUGUAAUUACAGUAAACUUAAGCCAUUUAUUUGCAUCAGUUCCAUUUAAAUUACUUGACCCUGUUUUCAAACUCCAUUACAAAAAGAGCUUAUUCUUUUUUUUUUAUUUUGCUUGAAUUAUGGAAGCCCUCUGCUUCUAUUAAAUUAAAUUCUUAGCCAUGGUCCCAUGCAUAUGAUCACUGAAUGAGGAUUUCAUUCCAGUGGGCGGUAACAAGGUUAUGAUAGCAUGGAUAUGCACUAAAACUAUUAGCGUAGUUUACAGUCAGAAAUGCUACUUGUACAGCUCAUAUCUUAUUAAAAAUUGUAAUUAAGAGAAAAUCCUUAUGACUUUAUCCAAAUGCUUUGACUUGUCAUAAAGGCAAUCUUACUGUGCCUUUCAUAAUUGGCAAUGACUUUUAGUCACCCAGCAAAUGAAAUAUUCCCUGUUAUGAUCUAACAAAGACUGUAAAAGAAGUUGGCAGAAUGGAAAGCUCUGCACCUAACCUCAUAUUGUGUUAAAUGUUCUAAAGAGCCCAAUAAAUGUUACCUCAUGUAUUUAAGAAUGUGUUUUAUUUGGGCUGUUUGUUUUAUUUCCUUUGGCAGGUUUUUAAUGUUUGAUUUUUCUGCUUCUGUUUGGUAUUUUGAAAUUACUGGAUUACCCCCCCCCCCCCCCCCAAAAAAAAAGUGUUAAACCCAUGAGCCAUGUAGCUUAGAUAAUCAGAAAAUAUGUGCUGUGACCAAUUCUCUGAAAUAGGUAUGGAUUAGCAGAACUAACAGAAUAGCUCCAGACUAAAGACAUCUUAAAACAGACCUUAUUUGGGGGUGGGAGGGGAGCGUGUGCUGGGCUUGAUUUAAAACGUAUUUAUAAACUGUUUAAAAAUUGGUUUUGUUUUUGAUCAAAUUUUAUUUAUAAUUGCUCUUUAAUUUGCCUCUUGUAUGUGCUUAAUCUGUUCUUGUAAAGAGAAGCCCCGGUUGUAUCUUUUGUUUCUAGAAACUGUCAGUCUUGGGGAAAAGAAAUGUCUUGUCUCUUCUGCAAUUAUGGGAUUUAAAGACUGGUUUGCAAAAUAUACAGAUCUGUAGCAAAGGUU